UCUCGCUUAUUCAGAACUUCACUUCUUUGUCAUAACAGUGCUUUUAGUGUGUCGAGUCUCAUUCGGUUUCGUGACAGCAUUAAAUUACUCUUUACAAGCUUAUGCUGCUUCGCGAGACAGUAACAGUUGAGAGAGUUGUAAGAUUAACUGCAAUUACAACUUAAUAAACUCAAGCCUUGGGGAAUGUGUUAUAAAGAGAAAUUAAGGGUAUUUUUAUUUAUUUAUUUUUUUUAACGUAAAGGUUUAUAUUACAGUUCAAUAGAUGCAGCCAGCAAGGACUACAGAUAUAACUAAUGAUAACUUGUGACAUUUCCUGACCGUAAACAGCAGGAAAGAAAUGGAGAGUAAAAAGUAAUGGGAUUAGUGGAACUAACCUUGAAGCCACUUCCAAAGAAGAAAUGUGAAUAAAAAAAAAAAAAAAGAUUGUCACAGUUAGACAAUUGAGUGAGUGACACGGAUAUGAAGGUGUUGUGGUUUAAACACAAUGGGCUGAACUACAAUGUGUGUACCGUGUGUGUGUGCACUCUGCAUGCACGGGCAGACACACACACACUGCUCCUAGGUUUACAAGGUAAGCUAUGAAUAAAUGAAUAAGACAGGGUAUAAGAAAGGUGUCAUGGUAUAAGAGGCAAAUGACAGAGUAAUAACGUGAAUGAGGAGGUGUGUUUCAGGACGAGGGACAAAAAAGCUGCUCUUGUUUUUCUUAAGGUGUCUUCCUUAUUAUUCAUGACUGUACUCGAGCUAAAUAUAACAACAAGGAAAAGUGAGAGUUAAAAAUAACUCAUGUGACAAGAGAAGGAAGAAGUGUGGCAAACGGUAUGCAACUGUGCCAAGUGAGAGAAGGGGCGGGGCAAAUAGAUUACUGGAGUCAAGUGAGGAAAUGGGAAGAACAAAUAGUCCCUAAUUAUACUAAGUGAGGUACAGAUCCCCCUCCCACUUCCCACACCUGGCACAGCUACAGACCGGGUGUCCCUCCUCUUCCCUCAGCUGGAAUAGGGAAGGUGUCAGGUUAGAUAAUGGUACUGAUGUCAGAUGUGGGAAGGGGAGGUACACAGUGUCUGUAUAUGUGCCAGGUGAGAAAAGGGGAGGGACGCAUGGCCUGUACCUGUGCCAGGUGAGGUAAGGGGAAAGAGAUAUGGUCAGUACUUGUGCCGGGGGAGGGGGGAGUCAGAGACACUGUGUCUGCAUUUGAGCCAGGUGGGGGAAGAGGACGCACGCUGUCUGUACCUGCGCCAGGUAAGGUAGGGGAAGGAUACAUGGUCUGUACCUGUGCCAGGUGAGGAAAGGGGAGGAAUAUUGUGCCUGUGCCAGGUGAGGAAAGGGGAGGAAUAUUGUGUCUGUGCCAGGUGAGGAAAGGGGAGGAAUAUUGUGUCUGUGCCAGGUGAGGAAAGGGGAGGAAUAUUGUGCCUGUGCCAGGUGAGGAAAGGGGAGGAAUAUUGUGUCUGUGCCAGGUGAGGAAAGGGGAGGAAUAUUGUGUCUGUGCCAGGUGAGGAAAGGGGAGGAAUAUUGUGUCUGUGCCAGGUGAGGAAAGGGGAGGAAUAUUGUGUCUGUGCCAGGUGAGGAAAGGGGAGGAAUAUUGUGUCUGUGCCAGGUGAGGAAAGGGGAGGAAUAUUGUGUCUGUGCCAGGUGAGGAAAGGGGAGGAAUAUUGUGUCUGUGCCAGGUGAGGAAAGGGGAGGAAUAUUGUGUCUGUGCCAGGUGAGGAAAGGGGAGGAAUAUUGUGUCUGUACCUGUCAGGUGAGGAAAGGGGAGGAAUAUUGUGUCUGUACCUGUGCCAGAGGGCAGGGCAAACGGUGUCAGGUCAGAAGUACAACAAGACAAACGUCUUGAGUGGUGAUUUAACCAAUAAUAAUGAGAAAAGAGGCAGAGGAAACUUGUCCCUACCUGUGGCAGAGGGAAACAGCAAGACAAAAACAGAUUGUACCUGUGCCAGGUCAGAGAAGGGGAGGGCCAAACAGUAUCUAGCUGUCCCAGGACAAGAGUGUAAUGGAGCAAAUUGUCUAUCUUGGCCGGGUUUAAAAAAAAAAAAAAAAAAAAAGGUCUGAGUCAAAUUUAUCUUCAACAAAAAAGGGGGCGGAGGGGGCAGGCAACUGAUCAUUACAUGAGUGCUUUUAAAAAAGGAGAAACUAGUAAGGGAGGGAGGAAGACAAGGGAAUCUGCUAGCACUUGAAAAAUGAUGCUGCUAACACACAGAGCCAUAAUAUUUGCCUUGAGUUGGGAAGCUGAUCCCAGAUCAGCAAUGUUCCUCCAACACAUUAACUUGAUCUUUACUUCUGCGGUCACCUUCUCACCUUCUAGGUGAUACAACAUGAGGUGGGUUUAUAUAAAAAACACACACACACCAUUGUGGGUUCUAAAAAAAGAUUUUAUUCACUUCUUUCCUACUGAAUCACUGUCACAUAGACUUAACAAAGAUAAAAAAGUGUGUGUUUGGAAAAUGGUACACCACUACACGAUUAGUCACUUUAACACAACCACACCGUGGGCCGUGUGUGAUAAUCUGAUGGAAAAUUUUCAAAACAUGAUGGAUGGACUCGGCUGUUAUUUGGUUAAAAGGUUGCUCGUUUUAAUCCAUAAGGCAUGACGUGUGUAAGAGUUAGUUCUGCUUUUCGUAUUAGGUUCAUAAAUAAGACUUGGUGAAACACAGGGGCUUUCCAAUACACCAUUACGCACACCCACACACUCUCUCUCAGACACUCAGCCUCCCUCGAACAUGCACUUCCACUACACUAUCAAUGCACCAUUUUAGAAACAAGUUCUUAAGAAUCUGAGAUUUUGGCAGGUUUGACGCAAGUAGUGCACACAUUAAAGGUGACGAUCGCACCAAACUGACUAGCAUAAAGCGUCUUCCUUUCUUUUGUGGUCUCGUCAUGACGUCCUGUUGAUGCGCAUGUCUUGCUUAAAAUAGAAUGUGUGUGUGUGUGUGUGUCUAAGUGUGUGUAGUAGCGAUAGGUGUUUGCGAGAGCUUUGUGAAACUAUGAAAGGGAGUGUAAAAGCCCCUAACAUUACCUGACCUUUCUGUGUUUACCCAGAGAGAACCCGCCUCCUCACACACACUUCUUCCACAAACAGUGGAAACCAAAAGACAGACUGAAGGCGGAUUCCCCCAUCGAGGCAAAAGAGCAGGACAAACCUCCACCACCCCUUACCCCCAAACCACACACAAACAUACUCACACAGAACACGUAGGCAUCCAGAGGAGACACGGAGGACUCUCUCUCUCUCUCUCACACACACACACACACACACACACACACACCUGAGGACACACGCAGACACACACAGACAUGGAGCGUGAGCAGAAUAAGGUGAAGCGUUUCCUCAAGCUGGGUUACUCCCGCUCGGACAUCGUGCGAGUCCUGCAGACGCUCGAGCACGACGCACAGACCAAUGACAUCCUCCAGGAGCUGAUCAAGACGUGUCGCACCAACGCCGCUGGAGCACCGGGGGCGCCGGAGAGCAGCCCUCAGCUCGUCCCGCGAGGAUGUGGCUCCUCGCUGCAGCACAAACACGCCGACACCACACACUCCGACUCUCACAGCUCCAACACCUUCAGGCCCGUGGUCAUAGAUGGCAGCAACGUCGCUAUAAGCCACGGGAAUAAGAAGGUGUUUUCGUGCCGGGGGAUCCAGCUGGCCGUGCAGUGGUUUUGGGACAAGGGGAUUCGGGACAUCACUGUGUUUGUGCCUCUGUGGAGGAAAGAACAGUCGAGACCUGAGGCUCCCAUCACAGACCAGCACAUACUGGAUGAGCUUGAGCGCAGGAACAUCCUGGUGUACACGCCCUCACGCUGCGUCAACGGCAAGCGGGUGGUGUGUUACGACGACCGCUACAUCGUCAAGCUGGCCUACAACUCAGACGGCAUCAUCGUGUCUAACGAUAACUACCGCGACCUGCAGCUGGAGAAUCCGAAAUGGAAGAAGUUCAUCGAGGAGAGACUGCUCAUGUACACGUUUGCCAACGAUAUAUUCAUGCCACCUGAUGAUCCACUUGGGAGAAACGGGCCUAUGAUUGAGAACUUCCUGAGAAAGAAGCCUUUAAUAUCUGAGACCAAGCUCCAACACUGUCCUUAUGGAAAGAAGUGCACGUAUGGUGUGAAAUGUAAAUUCUACCACCCUGAACGCUCCAACCAGCCGCAGCUUUCUGUGGCUGAUGAACUGAGAGCGAAAAGUCAGCCGUCCAGUGUAACUGAGGAGUUUCCCCACUCCACGAACGGACCCACUGACUAUCAGACGGCGGCCGUGCUGCCUCUGUUACACCAUGAUGAGCUGACUCGUGCUGUUUCCGGUCUCGAUCUCUACUCUUCCCCGCACGAAGUACAAAGUCCCACCUACCUACAGAGGUCCCUUCCUGCUUUGUGCAAGAGCAUUAAAAGCGACCAGGCCUACGGCUCGCUCGAGGGCUCCAUGUCCCGCCUUUAUCUCAGUGACUCCGCCCUCCAGACCUCACUAGCCUAUAGCAGUGGGUGUAUGACUGGAAGCAGCAGCGAUUACUACCUGUCUGGCAGUUCUAGCUUGCAGCACAGACGAGCGCGCAGUCCUGACGUGCCCUCGCGCUGCUACAGCCCCGACCUCCACACACUCUCAGGCUGCCAACACACACACUCUGAUAUCGGCCUUAGCUACGCUCACACGCAUUAUCCGAACCAUGGAUAUCAACACCGCACCCCCUAUAAAAACAGUAACGCACCUUUCUGUAACGAGGCUCUACCUUACCCUACGUCGACACCCAAUCAACUCAGGGUACCAGAGGUGAACUGGGGUCAAGGCCAAGCUGAGGUCAUGGACGGGGAGCAUCUGACAGACAGGAGGAGGGAUGUGAGGUCUCAGCUCAGCACAAUUUUCCCUCAGAGCAUCGUGGACCAGGUUAUGAGCUUAUAUCCACACACACUGGAUACGACAGAGCUGGUCAUGCUGAUCCAGAAAUACAGGAACAGUGCCUUGCUUUAAACUGCACAAGCUGAUAAUUAACCCACAAACGUGCACCGCAGUAAAUGCCACAGUCUCGUUCUGGCUUGUCUUGACCAUCAACGGUAAAUUAUCGUCAAUAACUGGUUUCGUAAGGUUUCGUAAGGUUUUCAGCCAGAGACUCCUCUGCUGGGAAAUCAGCACACGUCUGAGUGAAAUUCAUUAUAAGAGCAGUGCUGUAAAACUUCAGCUUUUAAUCACUGACAUCUGAAGUCUUAUAGGUAGCAAGGAUACAGUGUCGCAUCCUAAUUAGAUUAAAAUCUAAAGUUAUUGCUUAAAGGCAACUAAUAAAAGCGAUACAGUCCGGACUUUUGUUUUGCGCUGGCGCUAAGGAGUAAUGAAACUUUAUCUUGCUGCAAAUAUUUUACCUAAAAGUAUCCCUCAACCUCAAACCACGUCCAGUUCUGCAGCGUUAUCACACAGACUUGCUGAUAGGACACAGAGGGACUUUCUGUAAUCUAUAAAUACGAACAAAACUUCACCAUGUAGCUCAAAGUGAACCAGGCGGCCAUUUUGGACCACUGAAAGCACUUUUUUCCCCCCACCGUCGGUGUAGUUGGAUACAUUCCACCCCCUCGAGUGUACAGACCACAUUGUAUAGAAAGCUGGGAAUCGUAUAUUUGUACUUUGAAGCUACAUUACAUAAAUACGGAUUCUAGCUUCUAUCUUACAAAAUCAUUUUAUGUACAUUUUUCUGGCCACAAGCUUCAGAAUCUUGAAGGCUAUAUGUUUUGCUGAUGGGAAAGCUUCUGUGGGUUGUCAUGUACCAUGUUCAUGAAUGACCUCUUUCUGUGAAAGUAGGUGGUUCCUGGCCAUGAUUGUGAUGAACCAAAGCAAGACUAGGGUGAGGCAGUGUUCCUUCAACAGACAGAUUAGUGCCGUAGCUCCAGUGCAAAACUAAAGCAAACGUUACACACAGAACUGUGUAAAGUUGAUUUUUGGCACGCCUGUAACAAUUUAUUUUCUGUAUUCUUUAUAAAAAGCAUCUGCUCUGUGUAGUAAAGACAUAUAUUACUUCAUCAUUACAUCAAUACAACAAUACUGUGUGUGUGUACGUGUGCGUGUGUGAACCUCCUGAUACUGUAAAAGGACCAGAUGAAUGUAUUUGCUGGGACGACGCUCCCUCUUUAAUGCCAUCAGCACCAGGUAUGAUGUAUUUACUAUAAUGUAAUAGUUGCCUCUUGAAUGUGAACAUGAAGGCUGACCUCUGAGAGUAAAUGUCGUCUCACUUGACUCAGGAUGACGAGUUGAUGAGGAGAAUGUUGACAUGAAUAUAAACUGAAGAACCAGAGUACAGCUUUGGUUUGCACCUUGGCACGAAUGCAACCUUAAAAAAACGAUUAAGUGACUGAGACUGUCUUUUUUUUUCUUUUCUUUUCAAUUUUGCAGCCUCAAAAUGAGGAGCGUGUGAAUACUAGCUGAAAUUAUGUAUGAUGUAGCUGAGAUUACAAACAGCAGAAAGGAUUUUGCUAUUGUCCGAAUGUGCUUUAAAUUUGUUACAACCUAAUAAUUAAAACAGGUUAUAAACAAAUCUCUUGCCCAAGUGUUUUAUUCUUUUUGCAGUUUAAAUCUUGCUGAUAACCUGAUAAGGGCAAACGUUUGAUCAGGACAACAUUCACAAAUGGAACACUGAGGUAGUAGGUGUUACUGAUAUCAUGGGAACAGCGAUACAACGAUUUGGAUAGAUUAUUAAAAGGCAAUAAAUAAAUAAUUCAAUAGGUUAGCAAUUUCUCUAUGUCAUCAUGGUCCAUGAAU